AUGAACGCCACUCGAAACAUGAGUUAUCCAAACGGUCUUGACAUGCCGACCAACAACACCAGCGAGCCACUGCUCCAUGACACUGCUACUGUCCACAGAUGCACUGGUGGCUUCUUUGGCAGGGCCUGGGACGAGAUGCUCCUUUACGAUACUGAGACGGCGGAAAGAUGCACUGGAUCAUUGUUUGACAGGCCGCAGGGGGAGAUGCUUGCGGAUGAGACUGAACAGAAUCAGUUGGAGUGA